AUCAAGGAGAGAGUAGGGGAGUAAUGAAUCUUAAAUAAUAAAAAACCUGAACAGUCUGGGGUCAUUAAGUGAAAGUGCAUGGAAAAUCUCGAGUUGUUGUUUCCUACAUCUCUCUGUUUUUUUUUUUCUAAAUUAUUUUUACUAUUUCCUAUACGUAUCAACUUGUAAGCAAAACCUUUUUUUUCAAACUUUGAUCCAUAAAUUUUAAUUACAUAUAUUCAUCUUCUCUCUCUCGUAUACGACAUAUAUAUACAUAAUACAGUGUAGUGACUAAACUCUUUCUUUCUUUUUUUGGUUUCUCUGUUAUUAUCAUUUCUUAGCUUAGAUAUUGUUUUCGAUGGAGGCAAACCCGCAUCGGGUUUCACGUAGAAGCCACGGCGGGACCCACUGUCGAAACGACGCCGUCUACGAAGAGAACCCUCGACGACGGCAUUACAACCACCACCACUCCCACGGCGACGAAGAAACCAAAUGCUCCGGCAAGAGAUGCCGCUCGUGGGCGGCGGCGGCGAUUGCUGACUGUGUAGCGCUUUGUUGCUGUCCAUGUGCGAUCAUAAACCUUCUUACUCUUACUUUCGUCAAGGUCCCCUGGAUGAUCGGAAGACGAUGUCUAGGCGGCGGACGGAAGAACAGGAAGAAGCGGAUGAAUCUGCUUAACAGAAGACAACGUCGCGGAAAUAUCAAUGGUGGUGGAGAUCAUGAGUUUCAUCAUAAUAAUAAUAACAAGCAUCACCUCCGGUUUGAGACAACGGAGGGGGAGGAGAAAUGCGGCUGCGGUGGUGGCGGAGGAUGUUAUGGCGGCGGAGAUUAUGAUGAUCACCGGUUUGUGGUAGAGAGAGACGGGAGUUUGACGAAGGAGAAAAGGGAGGAAGAUGGGGAUAAAACGGCGUCGUUUAAAGGAGGGGAUCAUGUUCAUGAUGAUGAGUCGAGAAUAAGUGCAAGAGUUGAAGCCGAGAGAGUGUGGUUAGAGUUGUAUCAGAUUGGUCAUCUUGGAUUUGGUAGAGUCUCCUUCACUGGAAUCCAAUGACUAAAAUUUGUAGGAAACUUAGUUAUAUUCCAAUAAUUAUAUAUAUAUAAUGUGAAUUUUUCUUUA